ACAUUGCCAUCUCGUAUGGUACCGUACUGGCAAGCACAAGCACAAGCUAGCAUACAACAACGUCCUAACCUCUUCCCUAGCUAGCUCAGCCGCUAACCACAUCCCCACUUGCAUCCAUCUUGCUGCCGUUUUGUCUCAUCUUACUUAGUUGCAUCCAUCCGUCAAGUACAUACACACAUACAUAUAUUCUCCGAUGUGCAUGCCCGCAUUCCUGAGCUGAUCGAUCCAUCCUGUCCCUGGUUGCGUUUGGUCGGUUGGGCUGAUCGAGCAGAGGCAGUGAUUGAUUGAUCGAUCGCCGAUGGAUCACGGCGGCGGCGGCGUGGUGAUGGUGGGGAGGGCGGAGAUCGACACGCGGGCGCCGUUCAAGUCGGUGAAGGAGGCCGUCGCGCUCUUCGGCGAGAGGGUGCUCGCCGGGGAGCUCCUGUUCCACGCCCCCCGCGACGCCAACACCGCCGCCGAUCAGCUGGUACGAUUACGCCAUCGAGUGACGGCAGCGCCAAGACCCGUUGUUCACCACCAAGCCGUCACCAUCGCCCCCGCCGUCGCCAUGGUAGCGGCGCCACCGCCGCCGCGUCGCAUGCCGGCAGCGCCGGCGACGAGGGAGCUGGACGACGCAAAGCACGAGCUGGAGAAGGAGCGUGAGGAGAAGCACAAGAUGGCGGGCUGCAUCCAGUCCCUCCAGGAGGAGCUGAGCAGCGCCAUGAGGGAGCUGCAGAAGCUCAAGGCGCGCGACGAGGACGCCCGCGCCAAGGUCAUCGAGGUGGAGGACCUCAAGUUCAUGGAGACCGACGAGCCGCAGCACCACCAGCACCAGCACCAGCACCAGAGCCCGCCGGCCAACGGCCACGAAGCCAUGGCAGCGAACCGCGCGGCGGCCGCCGCUGAGUUCCAGAAGAAGAGGUACGUCACCUUCGCCGACCCACCGGCGGCCGCGUACGACCGCGCGCCCUCGCCGCCGCGGGACGUGGUGCUGGAGCUGCAUCGCCAUCAGCAGCCGCAUUACGCGCCUGCGGCGGGGCGGCCGCAGUAUCGUGAGGCGCGGUUCCAGAGGCAGGUGUCGGCCGGGCCAGGGCACGAGGCGGUGAAGAAGGCGAUGGCGGCCGCGGCCGAGGAGGAGGAGGGGAGGAAGAAGAAGAAGAAGCCGUUGAUCCCGCUGGUGGGCGCACUGUUCAUGAGGAAGAAGAAGAGCUCCGCUACCACGGCCAGCAGCCACCGUGCCGACGAUGGCUCGUCGGCGGUCAAGCCACGCCCGUCCUUCUAAUCGAUGACGUCCGUCGUGAUGCGUGCGUGCAGGAGUUGGUAAUUGGCCCUUGGAUCUUGUCUCUUGAGUAAACGUUCGGUGAUAGUGAUGAAUCAAUAAACGUUUAUAGCAUGCAACACAUGCAUGUAUAUUUUUGUUUCUCGGUACAAGAAAAAGCAACAGAAUUUGCUAUGGACAAUAUGUAUAAAUUGCACUUGUUUUAAUUAGUGUACUCCAUACUACUUUUAUGUU